UAGCAAUGGUAUUGGCCACCGACUGAAGCUAACGAUCACGGAUGUUCACCUCCCAAACAUGACGGCCCAUUCAAAUUGAAUGAUCUCUCCUCACAAGGUUUUAUCGUCAAGGACCCACUUUCCUCAAAUCAAACGAAUUCAGAUCGCGCUCAAAGUGCUCAAGGAGACAAUUAGUGAUCAGUUCUUCUUCCACUAAACAAAAACCCUAAUUUUAAGUAGAAAUCUACCUUGAAGCUGCUUUUCUAAUUGGAAAGAGUAGAGUCAUGAGCACUGGAGAUCUUCUCAAUAUUCAGCCCUCGGAACUUAAAUUCCCAUUUGAAUUGAAGAAGCAGAGUUCAUGUUCUAUGCAAUUGACUAACAAGUCAAACAGUUAUGUGGCUUUUAAGGUUAAAACAACCAAUCCGAAGAAGUACUGUGUUCGCCCUAACACUGGCAUCAUUUUGCCUGGAACCGCUUGCAAUGUUACAGUUACAAUGCAAGCCCAGAAAGAGGCACCUCCUGAUAUGCAAUGCAAGGACAAAUUCCUUCUUCAGAGUGUUGCUGCACCUGAUGGUGUAACUACAAAAGACAUAACUGCAGAUACGUUUACUAAGGAGGAUGGUAAGGUUAUUGAGGAGUUCAAAUUGCGAGUUGUAUACAUCCCUGCUAAUCCUCCAUCGCCUGUCCCAGAAGAACCUGAAGAAGGGCUAUCUCCAAGGUCUUCUGUGCUUGAGAAUGGUGAUCAGGACUCAUCAUUGCUUGAAGCUGUAUCAAGAUCUUUAGAGGAGCCUAAAGAGAAAUCCUCCAAGGUAUGGUCUACAAUUUCAAAGUUAACUGAGGAGAAAGCUUCAGCUUUGCUUCAAAAUCAACUGCUGCGGCAGGAACUGGAACUGAUGAGAAAGCAAGUUAGCAAAAACCGUGCUGGUGGUUUCUCUUUAUUCUUCGCAUUCCUGAUUGGUCUAUUAGGAAUACUGGUUGGCUAUAUUAUAAAGAGAACGUAGAAAAACGAUGAAACUGAUAUUUUUUAGCUUGAGGUGUUGGCUUCAAAUUUUCUAGCCUUACCAUAGUUUUCGAGACUAAGUAGCCCUUCUGGCUUAGUUUGUAAAAUUAUAAGCUGAUGUGUUAUCGCUAGUUCAAGUUAUUGAAUUGUUAGAUCUCUGAAUUAUAAGUGAUUAGUGAGUGCUAAGCAUCUUCUCUUUA